AUGACAUUGUCUCGCAGUGUUGAUGAUUCUUCUACUGAGAACACAACUACUUUACCUCAACACUUAAAAGAAAGUGUUUCCAAGAGUCUGAGAGACCCAAAGUCUCGUCAAAAGGCAAAGAAAGAAAUAAUGCUUACUGUGUUGGACUAUGCUGGUCAGAAUGUGUUCUAUGUCACACAUCAUUUGUUUAUGUCAAAGGCUGGUUUUAUGUACGUUGUGUUUGAUGCUUGUCAGCAGAUGGAUGGCAAGACUCCAUCUCAGUUUCGUUCAGACGAUGGACAAAUUGUCUACAUUCCUUUGUUUGAUGGCGAAACAAACUUUGAUCGAUUGUAA